AUGGAUACGCGCACACCGUCGCCCGUGCAGAACGGUGAGGGUGCGGUGGGUAACGUGGCAGCGGCUGAAAAGGACGGCGCAUACAAGCCAGAUCUAGGCGCGGAGGUGGCAAUGCUAAGUACGAAGCUGGUAAAUGCGAUCAACUACCAGACCAAUCUGGAUGAUACAUUGCAGCAUACGCGGCAUGAGCUUGAGCAGGCGCGCGAGGAGCUGGCACGCCAGCGCGCGCAAAGGAAGGAGUGGGAUGACCUGGUGGCGACUGGUGCGUUGAUCAGGCGGAGUGCGAUGGACAAGACGGUCAAGGAGCUGCGGGAGGAGCUGGCAAAGGAGAGGGCGGCGCGGGAGGCGGCGGAGGUGUCAAAGAAGCAGACGGAGGGCGAGCUGGAGAACUUGACGUCUGCGCUCUUUGAGGAGGCGAAUACGAUGGUGGCUGCCGCGAGAAAAGAUACAGAGGCGGUGGAGAAGCGCAACAGCCAAUUACGAGCGCAAUUGAAGGACACCGAAAUGCUCUUGACAAGCCAGACGGAGCAGCUGCAAGACCUGAAGACAGUAAUGGAGCGCUUAGAACGCGCCAGCGAGAAUGACGGCAACCGAGACCCAAGCAUGCCGGUUACACCUGUAGACGCCCGUGCAGCCGCGUGGGAUGCUCUCCAACUGUCACCACACGCGGCAAAUGUACCGGACGUCCCGCCUGACCACCCUCUACACUUCUCCCACUUGAUCGCGCCCGUCUUGCGCACAGAUAUAGCAGCCUACACCGACUUCCACGAACUUCUCACCCUCGCCCGACGUACAACAUCACAUUCGCGGCAAGGCAGCGGCGCCGUUAACAACCUCGCCUCGUCCAGCCAAUCGAACCUCUUCUCCACCAACCUCUCCUCCUCGUCCACGCCGAGUCUACCAGGGUCCUUCUUCGGGACGAAUACAGCUUCCACGAACAACAGUCCUUCCUCGUCCACCUUUGCUAAUGCCAUCCCGGCUGCGCCGCCGUUACGGGAAAGCAAGUUCUACAAGCGAACUCUAGCCGAGGACAUUGAGCCGACUUUACGAUUAGACUUGGCGCCUGGCUUGAGUUUCCUGAGCAGGCGGAGCGUGCUAUCCUCCCUUCUCUCGGGCAGUCUCGUCGUCGAACCCUUCAACACGCCCGGCAACAAAACGUACAGUCUCGGCUCCGUCUACUCCUGCGCUCUCUGCGGCGAGGCACGGAAGUCAGAGCCAUACGUGCGUAAAUAUCGUUUUCGCACUUCCGAAUCCGAGGAUGCGCAACGCUAUCCGCUCUGCGAUUAUUGUCUCAACCGCAUCCGCGCCGCGGGCGACUUUGUGGGGUUCUUGCGCAUGGUGAGGGAUGGGCAUUGGCGGUGUGAGAGUGAGGAGGACGAUCGUGGCGCGUGGGAGGAGGCGGUGAGGUUGAGAGAGCGCAUGUUUUGGGCCAGAUUGGGCGGAGGCGUGGUGCCUACC